AACGCCAGAGUCGCCUUAAUGAACUGUAAAAUCUAAACAGUCUCCGUUAACCCUAACUGUAAAUGACGGUCGUUAAGGGGUUUGAGCACCGAGGAUCAAGAUCGAUGCGCUUCCCCGGCCCGCCUCGCCCGUCCUCGGUGACUUUCCCGGGAACGUCCAGCGUGCUCUCGGUGAUCCCGAAGGUGUGUUGUUAUUGUGACAGCUUGGUGCAAUCUAACCGGAGAGGCUGCGUAACGUCAAGCCGUGAUGCUAGCCGAGCCCCGCUAGCAUGCGAUGCUACUUAACGGCAAGCAGCGUCUGUGCAGCGGCAGUGUUUUUCCGGGCGAGCCAGAGGAUCAGAGCUGCGCUUAACGGGAGGUGGAGAUACGAGCGACGACGGUUUAAAACGAGUGAGCCGUGACCCGACUGACCGACACCCUGCGUCUCCUGCCGCUCCCCCGCUUCCGCUGCCCCACCCCCCGACCUCACCACGUCCCGGUUCUGUCGGCGGUGGAUUGGACUCUCGUUGGACGCUUUGUUAGGUGGUUGUUCGGUCUGGCGCCGCCUCCCCCUGGGGCCGGCGUGCGCUCCCAGCAGCCCGUGGUGCCCUGCGCCCCCCCCUCCCCGUCACUCCACACCAGAGCCCAUGUCCAGGGAGGAAGUGCGGUGCGUCCGCCAGGAGCCAUGUGCCUCCCUCAAACCAACAACAUGGACAGCAAGCAACAGGCGGCGGGGACCGGGGGAGGGGCUGUACCUAAACCACGAGAUGGAGGCGUUUCUCUGGAGCCCUUCAUACACCAGGUGGGGGGUCACACCAGCAUGAUGCGCUACGAUGACCACACCGUGUGCAAACCUCUGAUCAGCAGGGAGCAGCGCUUCUACGAGUCUCUGCCCCCCGAGAUGAAGGAGUUCACUCCCGAGUAUAAAGGCGUGGUUCUGGUGUGCUUCGAAGGCGACUCGGACGGCUACAUCAACCUGGUGGCGUACCCCUAUGUGGACAACAUGGAGGCCGUGACGGGGGAGCACGAGGAGCGGGACCCCCAGGAGAGGGAGCAGCCCAGGCGGAAGCACUCCCGCCGCAGCCUGCAUCGCUCCUCGUCCUCCGCCACCGAAAACAAGGAGGAGCGAGUGGACAGGAGGGAGGCGCACGACACCGACUCUUCUGACAAUGUCACAGAGCUGAAAAGUCCCAGGCUCGACCCAAAGAUCCUCUCCGACGUUCCCUUCCAGAUGCUGGACUGGAACAGCGGUCUGGCCUCGGAGAAGAUCAGCCAGAACCCCUGGGGCCUGGUGUGCCACAAGCAGCACCUCAGCCGCAUGAGAUCCGAAUCCAAGGACCGCAAACUCUUCAAGUUCCUGUUGCUGGAGAACGUCGUCCACCACUUCUCCUAUCCCUGCAUCCUGGACCUGAAGAUGGGCACCAGGCAGCACGGCGACGACGCCUCGGAGGAGAAGGCGGCCCGGCAGAUGAAGAAGUGCGAACAGAGCACGUCGGCCACGCUGGGAGUCAGAGUGUGUGGCAUGCAGGUGUACCAGCUGAGCACCGGUCACUACCUCUGCAGGAACAAGUACUACGGCCGCGGCCUGUCCAGCGACGGCUUCCGCCAGGCCCUCCACCAGUACCUGCACAACGGGAAGGGCCUGAGGCGGGACCUCUUCGAGCCCAUCCUGAACAAGCUGCGCAGCCUGAAGGUGGUCCUGGAGCGUCAGGCGUCCUACCGCUUCUACUCCUCCUCGCUGCUCAUCAUCUACGAGGGAAAGGAGCCUGAAGGCCCUUCGGCCCCCGGCCCUGGGCAGAGUGCAGCCAGGCCACAGAAGACCGCCGGGGCCCCCGCAGACCUCCACCCUCCUCCUCCUCCUCCUCCCCCCGAUGCUUCCAGCCAGAGCCCGGUUCUGGGCUCGCUGUCCUCUCAGGGACCUGAACGCACGGCCCCGGCUCCCCCCGCUCCUCAGACGCCGCCCACCAAGUCAGACUGCCGCUCCUCGGCCCCCCGUCCUCCGUCGCCUCGCAGGCGUCCAGAAUGUCCCCCCCCGGCCCCCGCUUUGAGCGCGCUCCCCGCGGCCCCGCCGGCGCCGCGGCGGCCCCCCCUGGUGGACGUGCGCAUGAUUGACUUUGCCCACUCCACCUUCAAGGGCUUCCGUGGCGACACGGCGGUGCACGACGGCCCCGACCGGGGCUACGUGUUCGGACUGGAGAGCCUGAUCCAGAUUCUGGAGAGUCUUCGAGACGAGAACCUGUCCUAGCUCCGGGGAGCGCGCACGCACCCGGGGUCCCGGGAGAUUCUGCGGCCCCAAACCGGACCCGGUUCUGUUUUAAAAAAAAGAAAAACUGCUCCCACUCUGAAAACCGGUCGGUCUUUACACACACACACCUCUUACUGUGAGUCAGUUCAGGUCUCCAGAACCGAGGCGGUAUCCGCAGCUCGGGUCUCUGCCGUCACGAGGACCUCGGUGGUUAUGAAGCAUUCCCUAAACGCCACCGUCACUCAUCGAUGCCUAACCACGGAGCGCCUCCCCUUCCAGGAGGCGUUUUACCCACUGUGACGUCAGCGCCGGCUUCACUCAACACAGAGCAGCUUCUUUCCUUCAGUCUGAGCAGAAACCGAGGAGUCCUGUUUCUGAGAACCUAUAAAAGAGUCUAAAAAGUGUUAGAAAUGCCAUUUUGCUGUCAUUACUAGGAGCCCGGGCUGUGAGGGGAACCACGAGGCUAAAGAAGGGAACCUAGUCCAGUAAGGGGGGGGCUUUUCUACGUUAAAGAAACUCACAGAAACUUUCCAGCUUCUACAGAUAAAAACGCCCGUCCUGCACCUCCUGCAGCGUGAAGCUCAAAGAGCAGAGAAACUACACGGGACGAGCUUCAGAAGACGACCACGCGGCCGUGGGCGGGGCCUCUCCGACCCGGCCAAUCAGCUCGAUCCUCUCCUUCGCCUCCUCACAGCAGCCGGUGGUUCUUACUUUAGGAGAUGUGCAGCGGAGACGGGAGUUGAAUCAUUUUUGUUUUAAAGGUUUGGGGGUUAAUCAGAAGAACGUACCUGUGGCCUGUUGUCCUGUGAAGGUCAUUUGUAACUUUUAGACGCAUAAAUGUCACUUUAAAGUCUGGUUCAGUGGUGUCCAGAUGAUGGUUCUGUUGUUAGCGGAUCUCACGAGAGGAGCCCGACGCGUUUUAGCCCCUGAUGCACUAAACCAGCUCGGUGUAGAUUUGCUCAGAUAUAAAAUAAAUAAAUAAAAAUAGGGAGGUUUUCAGUCUUUGUCUGAACUCCACACAGGAGAGGUUUCCAUCUCUGCUCUCUGAGCUGAGGAUCCGUCAGCAGCACCAGAACCAGGAGCGUUACAGGAACUCUGGUUGUUUCUUGGCUCAUAUGUUGCCUUUUUAUGGGAUUUGUUAACAGCGCCGAUUUAAAAACAACAGUAACACCACCCUCAGCUUUCAGGGCAGACAGAAUAACUUUAGAGUCAUAUUUUUCUGAUAGAUAUUAUAAAUAUAGUGAUUAAAAAAAUCACAAUAAUGGGAAAUGAGACCAAAAAAGAAAGAAUGAAAUUCCUUUUGACUACGUUUUGCUGGUGUUGAAUUAUCACCUAGCCCUGCCUCAAAAUGUAUAAAAAAAGUAUAUAUUUAUAUAGAAAUCCUGUACUUGUCAGCAGUAGUGGCAAUAAGGUGUCUGUGUCGUUAGCCAAUCAGAUUGGUCCAUCCGAGCUUCCUGUCCCUGAGGCUGAGGCGGUGCUGCCCCCUGCUGGACGGCACCAGCAACUCAGCCCCAGGGCCGGGAACCAAACAGAGCAAAUAUUCUAUUUUAUUUUUGGUUUAUCAAGGUGAUAAUUUAUUUUUUUAUUGUACCUUUGCCCACAGAGACGGGUCAGCGUUUGAUCUUUGAUCUUUAACAACCCCCCAGCCGCCGUUAAAACGUGUAAAAAAUGUAAAGAUGUUGGCAGAAGCAGUGUUGUUGGCCCUAACUCAGGUGUGUUGGUUCUGCUGCCUCAGCUCCAGAUUCCAGACGUCAGUCAGCUCACAGAGCUCUGGUCCUGGAGGGAAAACUGUUCUACGUUUCUCCGUCUGUCUGUGUGUGCGUGUGUGUGUGUGUUAGAAAAAGACACCGACGCCAUCUCUGAUUGUUGGUUUGUUUCACUCUGACAUCAACUAAAACAACAACCUGCAUGCUCAUGGAGAGUUUCUCCUGUUUAAGACCGAUUUCCUCGCCACCUCUAAACGCCCUCGUUACAGAUCCUCAUGGUUGUUGGCUUCAGAGAUUGAUGGGACUUUAUUUUAUUUUAUUUUUUUUGUUUGUUUUUUUUUGCAUCUGAUAUCAUCCUGGCUGUUUGUUAGAACAGUGAAAAUAAAUGAAAUUAAAUCUUUCCAGAAGUUA